GGGGUUAAUCUGUCCGACAUAAUACAGACAGGCUCCUCCGCCACUUACGGUUAUUUCCUGUUAAGACACCAGAUUAUCGCGCGUGCGAGCGUGCAGUUAUGAAGCUAAUAAAUGGCAGGAGAUGUGCGGAGAUUAGUAGCCAGUAUUAGAGAUGGGAAUUACUGUCUGUCGUUCGCUCACUCCACCAACGCGAAGGCGGAACAGACCCUGCACGCAUGCGCCAGGCAACGUUCUGCUUAUUUUGCACGUCACUGCGUCCGUUGGUUUUGAUCCACAAAUAGCUUCCAACGCCAACUGGCUCAUCGAGCGAGCUGUCGUCUGUGAUUCCGAUACACGAGUUUCCUCGUGUGUCUUUGCGAUGGUUUGACGAGGGACAUAACAGGGUUGGCCGCUUGUUUGUCCGUUCAUCAACUUCGUCAUUGUUCGCUGGCUGUCUGCAUGUGCAAGGACCAACAUGAUGUGAAGGUGGGGGUACUACAUUCAAUGGCUUCCUUAGUCAACGGGGAGAAGGCGGGUGAGCACGCAACAAACGACUUUUGCGAAAAGCAUGCGACUAAAGUUGCCCAGAAUUUUGUCCGAGAGUUCAUAGCCUUCGAUCGCAACACUCCCAGCACUGGUAGGUCCAGAGAUCCUUUCGAUUAUGCCAGAAAAUUCUCCGAGUCCUUUCUUCGUCAUUUCGAAUACGAACUCAAGAGAUCGUCGUUUACGAUCGAACACAGGGCGGAAGUAAAUAACUCGGGACACGAUGGAGCAGCAAGCGCCCAAGACACCAGAAGCACAGGAGACCAUCAAAAUGGCGAUACAGAUGACUAUGCCGAGCAGGACAGUAGUCCAGAGAGAGGAGUUAGUCCAACACGAAAGCAUCCGAAAGGAAUUUUGCGCAGAUUAUCCUUUAGAAACAUUCGGAAAUCGAAACUGUUCAAGCAAGGAUCAGAGGAGGCGGAGACUGGGGGGGAUUCAAACCACUUGCAUCCUUCGCAGACUCAUUACCGAAAAGGGAAGAAACAUGAUAAAAAGGAAAAACUUAAUUCACGGUCGGCAUGGUCGAAUGGAGAUGUGUGUGUGAAGAAAGAUGGCAUUGUGAAUGUACUUACUGGUGAAGAUUCACGAGGGAAAUCCCGUUGGGAAAGGACCAGAUUGGUGUUGCUUCAGACAACUGGAGGAAAUCUUCUGGAGUUUUAUUCUCCGCCAAAGUCUUUGAAGCCACGAGCUGGGUUGUUCUGUAUGCUGAUACAGGAGGUGAGAGAGACUUCAGACCUAGAGAUGCCAGACAGAGAAAACACUUUUGUUCUGAAGGGUGAUGGACCGAUGGAGUAUGUCAUCGAAGCCCAAGAUGCAACAGAACUUAAGCACUGGUUGCAGGCGGUACGUCAGUGCCUCUCCUCACCCCCUACCACUUCAGAAGGAGUUACAGUUGUAAUGAGGCCGCGGCUACCCACUGCUCCAUCAGGUUCUAUAGAAAGAAAAGACUCUGGUCAGCUGACCACAGCGCACCGCAGUUCCUCUUCUGGAAGCCUAGGCAAUGCCAUGCCUGAUAUCCCGCCCCGACCAUCACCAAGGCCUUGGAGUAUGGUGCACCCCCAUGAUCCGCUUCUGCUUGGUGCUAGUGCACACAUGUCUGAAGUGACCAGUUCCCCAGACCAAAGUACGCAGCAUGAGGGAGAGAAUUCCAUUGACCAGAAGCUGUUGGAGUACCCAUGGUUCCAUGGGAUGUUGUCUCGGGCUGACGCUGCUCAGCUGGUCUUGCAGCAGGGUCCUUCAGGACAUGGGGUGUUUCUUGUUCGCAAGAGUGAAACGCGGACUGGAGAGUAUGUCCUCACCUUCAAUUUCCAGGGGCGAGCAAAGCAUUUGCGACUAAACAUUAACAACGACCGCAAGUGUCGUGUGCAGCACCUGUGGUUCGAGACCAUUUUCGACAUGUUGGAGCACUUCCGCACGCAUCCCAUUCCCCUGGAGUCGGGCGGCACUUCCGACGUCACCCUCACCGACUACAUCGUGGCCAUGGAACGGCCUCGCACCCCGGCCACUCUUCCACGCAGCUCCCCUCGAUCGAUCGCGGCAGGUCACGGUGCAGCAGCAACCGCCGCCGCCGCCGCUCCCACCGCAGGUCACGGGAGUGGGCCUGGGAUGCGAACCUCCCUAUCGGCCCCGCAUCACGGACACUUUGACAACCGCGACGUCGUCAUGCUCAGCGGCUCCGUGCGCUCGCGGACCUCCUCCAUCGAGAACGUGGUGCGGGAACAGACGAGCAACGGCCAUCAGCAUGGACGGGCCGUGGAAAACCAUUACUCCUUUGUUUAAGGAGUCGCCAUCAACUUACCCUCAACAUUGCAAUGUGAUAUGGCUUGAGGAUGGGGGCACCGCUUUUUUGCUUUGUGCGAACACUAUGCCUGCACCUGGAAUUUAAAAAGAUGAAACCAAUAUUUUUAGUUGUUUUAGGAAAAUGGGUGGAUGGGAAGUGAAGGGAAAAAUUGAAUUUCCUACAAUCCUGCCCAUGAUUGUUCAGGAGACCAGAAAAAGUCAGUCCUUUGACAUAUAUGUGUCAAAGGUGGAUGGGGGAGGGAAGGGAAGGGACAUGGGAGCAUCGGCUGACAAGGUAGAUUGUGACAUUUUGCCCAUUUCUAGGAUGCAAGACUUGAACGACUCGCAAAUUUCAAACGAUUGACGAUUCCUGUUGCUUGGUCUUUCUGCGUAGUUUGCGCUCUGCCUUGCUGAGAAAGGCAUAUAUGGUCAGGGACCUUUUUCCUACGCAAAGGUGACAUCUGACGAGGUAAUGGGGCUUGCUGGACUUGAAUCAUUACCCUGCAGGUGUUUGCCUCUAGCAUUUGUUAGGACGUUUCGUGAAGGUGUGUGUUUGUUAUUUCUUGUACAUUAUUGUUUACUUGCGCUUUUUAGUAACUGCGAUGAGAUUACUGAUAGACAUUUGGUUUUGCUUUUAUUUUCCUUGGAUGAACGAAUUCCAUCUCAGAAUAUGUCAAAAACUGUGAACCUGUUUUUGCUGCUUGGCAGCCGAACCCUAUUGUACAUUCUAAAUUUUUUCUUCUAUUUUAGACAUCCCCAGUUUAAGUGUCUCCUUGUGUGUGUGUGUGAGAGAGAGAGAGUUCCACAAAAUGUGUAAUGGAGUGAUUGUUGCUGCUAAACUGCUACCUGACCGUUUGCUGCCAAUGUGAUGCGUAAGGGUGGAAUCUUAAGACUAGGGGCGGAAAAAUAAAAUAUCCCCAUGUUAUCUCAUUGACA